GUGUGUGUGUGUGUGUGUGUUGUACAAAAUGAGCUUCUCAAAGGGCUGGGAGGUGGAUGAAAAUGUUUGCUUAGCUCCUCUGAGAAGAAGAGAAAAGGUUCUGGGAACUCUUGUUUCUUCUUUAGAAUAAUUUGGAUGGGAUUUGUGAUGCAGAAAAGUUUAAAGAAAAAAGAAUAUCCAUUCUGUGUGGUGGAAAAUUUUUGAAAAAAAUUGCUUUCUUCAAACAAGGGUGCCAUUUAGAUACUUAUGGGGAUUGCUGUUCUCACUAUGAAGGCAUCUGUUAUUGAAAUGUUCCUUGUUUUGCUGGUGACUGGAAUACAUUCAAAUAAAGAAAUGGCAAAGAAGAGUAAAAGGCCCAAGUUCACUGUGCCUCAGAUCAACUGUGAUGUCCAAGCUGGAAAGAUAAUCAAUCCUGAGUUCAUUGUGAAGUGUCCAGCAGGAUGCCAAGACCCCAAGUACCACGUUUAUGGCACCAGUGUCUAUGCGUCUUACUCCAGCCUAUGUGGCGCUGCAGUGCACAGUGGUGUGCUCGAUAAUUCAGGAGGGAAAAUACUUGUUCAGAAAGUGGCUGGACAGUCUGGUUACAGAGGCAGUUACUCCAAUGGUGUCCAAUCGUUGUCUCUACCACGAUGGAGAGAAUCCUUCAUUGUCUCAGAAAGCAAACCCAAAAAGGGUGUAACCUACCCAUCGGCUCUUAUAUAUUCAUCAUCCAAGACUCCAGCUGCCAAAGCAGAUGAGACCACCAAAGCCUAUCAAAAGCCAUCUGUUCCAGAGACAACUGCACAGCCAGUGGCUCUGAUGCAGGUCUUGGCUAACCUGGAAACUGAGGCCACUCACAUCACCUUGCCAAAGCCAUCUCUACUGGUAGCCUCUGACACCAGCAGCCCCAGGCCACAGCCCAUGGGCCACAGGAGCUGGGAGAUGGAUUCCCGGUCCACCGCCGCCUACAUUGGCAGCCAAAACAGUCCCAGUGCCGGUCCAGGAUUUGUUCCAAAAGAAGAAUUAAGCACACAGGCUUUGGAGCCAGUGUCCCUGGGAGAUCCGAACUGCAAAGUUGACUUGUCAUUUUUAAUUGAUGGGAGCUCCAGCAUCGGCAAGCGUCGGUUCCGAAUCCAGAAGCAGUUCCUGGCUGAUGUCGCCCAGGCCGUUGACAUCGGCCCCUCCGGUCCUCUGAUGGGCGUUGUUCAGUAUGGAGACAACCCUGCUACCCACUUUAACCUAAAAACUCACACAAAUUCUCGAGAUCUGAAGGCAGCCAUAGAGAAAAUUACCCUGAGAGGAGGACUUUCUAAUGCAGGCCGAGCCAUCUCUUUUGUGACCAAGAACUUCUUUUCCAAAGCCAAUGGAAACAGAGGUGGUGCUCCCAACGUGGCUGUGGUGCUACUGGAUGGCUGGCCCACAGACAAAGUAGAGGAGACUUCAAGACUUGCAAGAGAGUCAGGAAUCAACAUUUUCUUCAUCACCAUUGAAGCUGCUCUUGAAAAUGAGAAGCAGUACGUGGUGGAGCCCAACUUCGCCAGCAAGGCUGUGUGCAGAACAAAUGGCUAUUACUCGUUCAGUGUGCAGAGCUGGUUUGGACUCCGCAAGACCGUGCAGCCCCUGGUGAAGCGGAUCUGCGACACAGACCGCCUGGCCUGCAGCAAGACCUGCUUCAACUCAGCCGACAUUGGCUUCAUCAUUGAUGGCUCCAGUAGCGUGGGGACAGGCAACUUCCGCACAGUCCUGCAGUUCGUGGCCAACCUCAGCAAGGAGUUUGAGAUCUCAGACACGGACACGCGCAUCGGGGCAGUACAGUACACCUACGAGCAGCGGUUGGAGUUUGGGUUUGACAAGUACCACACCAAGGCUGACAUCCUCAACGCCAUCAAGAGUGUGGGGUACUGGAGUGGGGGCACCAGCACGGGGGCUGCCAUCCACUAUGCCCUGGAGCAGCUCUUCAAGAAGUCCAAGCCCAACAAGCGGAAGUUAAUGAUCCUGAUCACAGAUGGCAAGUCCUACGAUGACGUGCGGAUCCCAGCCAUGGCUGCCCAUCAGAGGGGCGUCAUCACUUACGCCAUAGGCGUUGCAUGGGCUGCCCAGGAAGAGCUGGACAUCAUUGCCACUCACCCUGCCAGGGACCACUCCUUCUUUGUGGAUGAGUUUGACAACCUCUACACAUCUGUUCCCAAGAUCAUCCGGAACAUCUGUACCGAGUUCAACUCACAGCCUCGGAACUGAAUUUAGAGCAGCAAAACACGGCAAAUGCUGUCUUCCUGACACUCUUGGGACCAUGCCUGGAUUGUAUCUUCAGGGUUCGUGCAGGGUGGCAGGGCUUGGGUGGGGCUUGGGAAGCAGACGCGUUGUUAUUGUUCUUUGUCCCUGCAGCUGUCACACUUCAAAAUGUGGAGUUAGAAAGACGAUCAUCAAAUGUACAGGGUAAGCCAAAGUUGGCCAUCAUUUUGAGGGUGCUCACAUCUUUCCUUUUUGAGAGUUGUUUUCAAAAUAUAUGUUCGGAAGAGAGUGAAGCACUUAGGGUGAAAUCAAGCUUUUCUGAAAUUUUUCAAAUUUUUAUUUCUCAGAAGAACUCUUUAUCCCUCAAGUUUCAUUUCAUCAUGAUGAUGUAGAAGUUGCUUAAUUAAACAUUUAAAAGGAUUACCUGCAACUUUUCUGAUGGUGUGAUGCUAGUGUUCACAGGAUUUGUGGAGAAGCCACCCUCUGAUCUUCCUGGCCCAUGAUGACCAUACCACACACCUGCAGGGAUGCAGAGAGUGUGGCAGCAGCAUAGCUUUCCCUGAUCUGCCUUCCCCUCAUUGUUUCUGAAGUUCAGAACACCUGCAACACAUUGGUCCUGAAGGGCCAAGUGGAUCUUGCUCAAAGAUAGUGCACUAGGCUACACAAAAGAAUCACUGGGAGACCAAAACCUUCAUUCCCAGGCCUUUUCCCUAUACCACUGAAAUGUGAACCGCUGGGACUGGAGCCUGAAUACUGGCAUGCCUGACUACCUCCCUGCUGAUUCUUGUAUACUCAGACUGAGAACCAGUGAGGGUUUAGGGUUAUAACAGCUUCCUGGGAGAAUUGCUGUGCCAGCUGUCUUGGGUCUACCUAGUUUAGCAUUUGUCCUGGGUAUUUCAGUGGUAACUAGGUAUCAUUUAUUAUUGAUUUUUUGGCAUUAAAAUAAGCUGGCAAGA